AUGGACAAGUUGAAGGGUCAACCUCCACCAUUGUUGGCCGACGGCCCACUCAAGUCCCCGUCAGCAGUGUCAUCAUCGUCAUGGCGGCGUCGACACUUCAAGCCGCGUCGCUCAAGGGCCCUGCGCAUCCUAGCGCUUGCCUGUCUGUGCUUCAUCGCCUUUGCUCAGUGGAAGCAGCUAUCGCGUCCCUCUGAGCCAUCUGUGACACCGGCAAAGCACCUCAACCGACAUGGUCUCUCGGUGAAGCGACUCCGUGAGGACCUGCACACCUGCAAACGCCUGCGCAGCCAUCCCAAGGACCCAAUUGGCAUAGGAAGAGAACGAAAUGCUCGCUACAUUGAUGGCCAACCGCCAACUCUCAUUAAGAAUGCUACCGUAUGGAUUGGCGAGCCGGUUCCUGGGACCUCUCCAGAGGAUGCCCGCAAGGGCAAGGGUUACAGCUGGAUCAGAGCCGAUGUAUUCCUGCAGUAUGGUCUCAUCAAAACUGUAUCCUCUGAGAUAGAUGUCUCCUCUUUGCCUGAGGACACUAUUGUGUUCAACGCUCGGGGUCGUCCCCUCACUGCAGGCAUCAUUGACAUGCAUAGCCAUGCCGGGGCUUCCUCGCUUCCAGAGCUCUGGGGUACCGAAGAUACCAACGAGAUGUCUUCCGAUAUUACACCUUAUGUCCGUUCCAUCGACGCUAUCCAGCCAAACGACCCUCAACUGCAAGUCAUCAAGUCCGGCGGCGUCACCACGAGCUUGGUUCUCCCCGGCUCCGCUAACAACAUGGGCGGUGAGGCCUACGUGAUCAAGCACGCAGUCGGAAGAGCCAACGGUCGUAACGAGACUAGCGCUGCGGACAUGCUGGCUGAUCCCGAACGCAAUUGGCGCUUCAUGAAGAUGGCCUGUGGCGAGAACGCCAAGCGCGUGUAUGGCAGGCCGGGCGAUAAGGGGCCCACGAGCCGCAUGGGUGAGAGCUGGGAAUUCCGCCACGCGUUUGAGCAGGCAGCAAAGCUGGUUCGCGAGCAAGACGACUGGUGCGAUCUUGCUGAGGCGGCCGGCAUUCACAAGAUGCGGAGCUACCUGCCACAGGAUCUACGUUGGGAAUCACUGGGAGCCUUGUUGAGGGACCAAGUGCGCCUUAACACCCACUGCUAUACCAUUCCUGACUUGGAAGCCUUUGUCGACCACACGAAUGAAUUCAAGUUCAAGGUUCGGGCGUUUCAUCAUGCCCAUCAGACGUAUCUUGUUCCGGAGGUGAGAUCUUCAAGCCCAAGAUUAAUGGCGCACAGUGAUCUAAUGAGCUCGCAGAUCCUCAAGCGUGCGUAUGGUGAGCCGCCGGCAUCGGCCCUCUUUGCCGACAACAUGUGGUACAAGUCCGAAGCAGCCACGGCGUCUGAGCACGCCGGCAAGAUCCUGUACGACAAUGGAUUGACUCCCAUCUACGUCAGUGACAAUCCGGUUCUGAAUGCCCAGCAUGUCCUCUUUGAGGCUGCGAAGGCAUAUCGCUACGGCCUACCUUACCAUGCCGCUCUGGCUGCUGUUACGAGUGCGCCUGCUGAGCGCCUCGGCUUCGGGAAGAGGCUUGGUAAAGUCAAGCCGGGCUUCGAUGCUGACGUCGUUGUAUGGGACAGUGAUCCACUGAGUGUCGGUGCGGCUCCGGUUCAGGUCUGGAUUGACGGCGUUGCGCAGUUCGAGAAGCCGUAUGAGCUGAAGAAGUCUACCCUUGAGCUCAUUGUACCCGACGAGAACUUGUCCAAGAUCCCAGAGGGUCCAGUGUCCUUGGACAAUGUUGUCUUCGUCGGUGUAUCCAAGGUCUUGCUGGACGGUGACUUCCCUACCGCCCGCAAUGUGACAGUGGUCAUUUCAAAGGGCAAGAUUGCGUGCAUUGGGAUUUGCGAAAGCGAGCUGCAGAUUGCGUCACGUUCUGAGACUCCUAUCAUCACCCUUAGAGAUGGCUACUUGACCAAGUCUCUCACCGCUUUUGGCUCCAAGAUCGGGCUCAACGCCAUCGAUGCCGAGGAUGACACCGACAAUGGCCCGAGCGAUGGCAGCUUCACCCGUGGUGAAGAUGGUCUGGUUCUUGAUAACACCAAGACGAAUGUCGCCUAUGCUUACGGCGUCACCAAGGCCAUCUCGGCCCCGAAGCUCAAUGGUGGUGCCACUCACCACGGUACUAGCGUCGGCUUCUUAACGGGCGCAAAAAGCGCUCUUGACAAGAAUGCUAUCUUCGUGUCUGAUGCUUCAGUCCACUAUACUUUGGAUUUGUCUGUCAAGGGCCCCCAGUCAGACACCCCGUCUAUCUCUGCAGCAGUGGGUUCCUUACGUAAGAAACUCCUCAAAGCGGCUGCUUCUCUUAACUCGACAAUCAGCUCCAGCCCGGAACCCUACUCCGAAGAGUCCUACCUUCGUCUGGUCGCCAACGGCACUCUUCCUCUCGUGGUUACUGUCCACAGUGCCGAUGCCAUUGCUGCGCUGCUCAAGGUUAAGUCGACCGUCGAGAAGACCUACCCAGCUUCUCACAUCCGCCUGGUCAUCCUCGGCGGUGCCGAGUCCUACCUUGUUGCUCACGACCUCGCCGCCGCUAACGUUAGCGUUGUCCUUGCACCGCUCUUGUCGUACGCCACAACUUGGGACCAACGCCGUGCCCUGACUGGUGCCCCGCUCACUAACGGGACAUGCGUUGAUUACCUGCUUGAUGCAGGCGUAACCGUUGCAAUUGGUCUUGAGGAGGACUGGGUGGUGAGAGAUUUGUCGCUGUUGGCAGGUUGGGUGUUGAACAAUGGUGAGGGCAGGGUCAAGGGUGAGAAAGAAGCUCUGGAACUCGUUAGCGGAAAUGUCUACCGCAUGCUGGGUAUCAAAGAGCCCGACGUCGAGGAAGGGCAUUUCGUGGUGUGGGAGGGUAGUCCUGUUCAAAUUGGUAGCCGGGUAAAGGCUGUGAGUGGCGGAUUGGGCAAGGUGAGUGUUUGGCUGUAG